AUGCGCGAAAUGCGCUCGCUGAUGGCGUUGCCAGGCUCAGACGGAAAGAAGGCUUUGGAGGUUGACAUGGUCAAGGAUUCCCUUUACCACUGGAGCGUGAAGAUGUCCGCGGACAGCUUUCCCCCUAGCGAUCUUCGGAGCGAGUUGGAGAAGUUCGGGGCCAGCCACCCGUCCAAAGCGGCAGCGGUGGUGAUGGAAGUGCUCUUCCCGGACAGCUUCCCCAUGGCGCCACCUUUCAUCCGGCUCGUGCGGCCGCGGUUUCAGAUGCACACAGGACACAUCACCAUCGGGGGGAGUGUUUGCAUGCAGCUAUUGACCCCCUCCGGCUGGCUGCCCACCGUGUCGCUGGAGAAUGUCUUCGUGGCAAUUCGGAGCGAGAUGGUGGAGGGUGGUGGACGCCUGGACUUCAGCUGCACGCGUGACUACAGCGCGCAGGAAGCCAGAGAAGCCUUCCAGCGUGUGGCGCAGCGGUAUGGCUGGCUCAGGACUUGA